GUCUGCGCCGCCUUGCACAACCUUCAGCUCCUUGCUUGGCAGGAUCAAACGACCACAUUUCACUUUCCACUUGUCGAGCAAGGGUGCUUGCUCAACGCCGCCCCUCGACCAAGUCCGCCCCUAAAUAUAUCCCCGCGGAUCGCUCCCGCCUCAAAUUGCCAACCUUCUCCUUCUUACUCUCGUUGUCUCCUGUUGUUGGAGCUUCCAAAGCCUCCUUUACAGUCGCAUCCACUGUUUGGCCUCCUCAUCGCCUUGCAAACAUCCAGGAUUGACUGUAGCUUCGGAACGCCGUAUUGGCCUGACGACUCACAAUCUCGCCAUCAUGGCGAACCGUCCCCCGACGAGCGCGUUUCUAGGAGAGAAGACGAGUACGAAGAGUUCGGCCAGGUCGCGUUCACGAUCACCCAGACCACAGGCAAAGAAACAGUCGCAACGACAGGAGAAAGUAAUGCGUUACACCUCCGAGGGCGUCAGCGAUCAUAAUGUCUUCAACCUUCCGAGCUCUGACUGGCAAUUGCUGGGUCUCCUGACGCUGGUUGCCUGCGUAGUACGUCUCUACAGGAUCUAUCAGCCCAGCAGUGUUGUAUUCGACGAGGUCCACUUCGGCGGAUUUGCUUCGAAAUACAUCAAAGGGAGAUUCUUUAUGGAUGUUCACCCACCUCUGGCGAAAUUGCUAAUUACUCUCGCGGGCUGGUUGGCUGGUUUUGAUGGAAACUUUGAUUUCAAGGAGAUCGGAAAAGACUACAUCGGACCUGGAGUUCCCUAUGUUGCUAUGCGGCUUUUACCCGCCGUUCUGGGUGUCUUGACGAUCCCGACUAUGUUCCUGACUUUGAAGGCUACCGGCUGUCGAACCACGACGGCUGCUCUGGGAGCUGGCUUGAUCAUUUUUGAAAAUGCGCUUGUCACCCAAUCACGACUUAUCCUCCUUGACUCACCCCUUGUCAUCUUCACCGCUAUCACUGCCUUAGCGUUUACAAGCUUUACAAAUCAGCAUGAGCAAGGUCCCUCCAAAGCCUUCCAACCUUCAUGGUGGUUCUGGUUGGCGGCUACGGGACUCGGGCUAGGUGCGACUGUGAGCGUCAAGUGGGUCGGCCUCUUUACCAUUGCUUGGGUCGGCAGCUUGACUCUCUUGCAACUAUGGGUCUUGCUUGGGGACACGACGAAUGUCACUCCUCGCAUCUGGUUCAAACACUUCUUCGCCCGAUUUUUCUGCCUCAUCGUCAUUCCUCUUUCCUUCUACAUGGCCAUGUUCGGUAUUCACUUUCUUUGCCUCGUCAAUCCCGGCGACGGUGAUGGUUUCAUGUCGUCAGAAUUCCAGGCCACUCUCAACUCGAAAGGGAUGCAGGAUGUGCCGGCGGAUGUUGCUUUCGGUAGCAGAAUUUCUAUCCGCCAUCACAACACCCAGGGUGGCUAUCUCCAUUCGCACAGUCACAUGUACCCGGAGGGUAGCAAACAGCAACAGGUUACACUAUACCCUCACAAGGAUGAGAACAAUAUCUGGGUGCUGGAGAACCAGACGUUACCAGAACCAUUGGAUCCCAAUGGGCCAAAACCGUCCGGGCCAAUGGCAUGGGAUAACCUGGGGCCGCUCUUUGUGGAAGAUGGCGCGAUAAUCCGGUUGUAUCACUCGACCACGCAUCGACGGCUCCACUCUCAUGACGUGAGACCGCCGGUCACAGAAGCAGAUUGGCAGAAUGAAGUGUCUGCCUAUGGAUACGAAGGAUUUGAGGGAGACGCCAAUGAUCUUUUCCGCGUUGAGAUUAUCAAGUCAAUGUCCGACGGAGCCGAGGCCAAGAAGCGUUUGAGAACAAUCCAGACCAAGUUCAAGCUAGUCCAUAUGAUGACAGGCUGUGUUCUGUUCUCGCACAAAGUCAAGUUGCCCGCUUGGGGAUACGAACAGCAGGAGGUAACUUGCGCCCGCGGAGGCACUCUUCCCAACAGCGUCUGGUACAUCGAGGCGAACUAUCACCCUAAACUGAAGGAGGACGCCGAGAAGGUCAACUACCGCAAACCGGGCUUCCUCGGAAAGUUCUGGGAGCUACAAAAGGUCAUGUGGCGUACCAACGCUGGCCUCGUUGAAUCGCACGCCUGGGACUCCAGGCCCCCCUCGUGGCCUAUCCUUCGCCGUGGGAUCAACUUCUGGGGAAAGCACAACAGGCAAAUCUAUCUCAUUGGCAAUCCUCUGAUUUGGUGGACGUCCACCGCUAUCAUUGGUUUAUAUGUCAUCAUCAAGGGGCUUGCAGUACUUCGUUGGCAACGAGGGUACAAAGACUAUUCAAAUGUCACCUUCAAGCGCUUCGACUACGAGGUCGGCACGUCCAUCCUCGGAUGGGCAUUCCAUUACUUCCCGUUCUAUCUUAUGGCUCGGCAGCUCUUUUUACAUCAUUAUCUCCCCGCAUUGUACUUCGCAGUCAUGGCACUCUGCCAAGUCUACGACUUCAUCAGCUACAGGUUCAGCGCCCUUCGGAUCAAGAAGUACCCCGCCGUCGGACAAGCGCUUGCUGUGGCGUUCUUGGCUGCCAGUAUCACGGUUUUCACCAUCUACUCGCCACUUGCAUACGGAAAUCCGUGGACAAGGGCUCAGUGUAACAAGGUGAAACUGUUCAACACCUGGGACUGGGACUGCAACAAUUUCCUCACAUCCUAUGACCAGUACAUUACCACUACCACCCCCGCUGUAUCUGUUCCUUCCUCGCCGGCGCCAGUAGCACCUCCAGCGGCCAAACCGCCUGUCCAAAAUGCACAUGGCGGAGAUGUGAAGCAGCCCCAGGACCCAAACGUCUCCGAAAAGGCCGCCGUAUCGCCUCCGCCGCCUGAGAAGGAGCUGCCCAUUCUGUCCAAAGAACAGCGAAUAGAAUACCGUGACGAGAACGGACGCAUACUGAACGAGGAGGAGGUCAAAGCACUCGAAGGAAAGGUAAGUUUUAAGACCCGUUAUGAGACCCGCACUAGAGUAGUGGAUGCACAGGGGAACGAAAUCCGCGACGAGCUCAUAGAUGCCCGAGUCGUGGACGGAUCCCCCGUUGCUCCUCCUCAUCCCGACGUCGAGGGUAGAAAUCCGGAGACAAAGGAGGAGAAGGGAGAAGCCGAGGCGAGCGAUGCACCCCCUACCGUAGAGGCGGUGGAGGAUCAGCAAAAGGAGAGGAGCGUCGAAGCGGAGAAGAAGGACGCUAAACCGGCGAGCGAGGCGCAAGCCGCAACGGAAAACUAAUCAAAAUGGGGCAAGGCGUGGCAUCUUCGAAGUUGGGCCGUGUCAUUCUCGACGCAAGUUAUGGAGGCAUUCGUGCUUCAUUCUCCAUUCUCCACCCUUUUCCUA